AUGUCUGGAAUGCGUGAUCUGUUGCCUGAUGACGUGAAGCCAGAGCACUACUCACUCACAUUAUCCGACCUACGCAUCGAAGCGCCAUGGACUUACUCCGGCCACGUGGAGAUUGUCCUCCAGGUCAGACGAGCGACCCAUACCAUAAUCCUCAACAGCCACGAAUUGAAGAUACAUCGAGCUCAGGUCACCGUGCAAAACUCUUCCGAUCCAGGGCCACUGGUCCAUAGCAGUUCCGACAUCUCGCUCGAUGUCGAACACCAACGUUGCUCCAUCCGCUUCGGCGUCGAGCUGCAGCCUUCGGUUCGAAACGUCACGCUUGCUAUCUGGUUCGAAGGCUGUGCGAACGAAUACAUGGCGGGCUUUUAUCGAUCCCAGUAUACGGCACCGAGUGGGGUGGCCACGCACAUGUUCAGCACCCAAUUCGAACCCUCCGAAGCUCGCCGAGCGUUCCCAUGUUUCGACGAGCCCGCCUCAAAAGCGACGUUCGACUUGCAGCUUGAAGUGCCUUCGAAUAUGACCGCGUUGAGCAAUAUGCCAGUGAAGACGUCGAGGCCGUCGGAUAUCGAUGAGCGGACGAUUGUGACGUUUGAGCGGAGUCCGCGGAUGAGCACUUAUCUUCUGUCGUGGGCGGUUGGGCUUUUCGAGUUUGUUGAGCAGAGCCUGACGCGCAAGCGUAGCUUGGAGCCGUUGCCGAUUCGGGUCUAUACGACCCAGGGCCUUAGCCAGCAUGGGAGGCGAGGCUUGCAGGUGGCGUGUGAUGUUGUUGAAUAUUUUUCUGAGAUGUUCGAUAUUGAAUAUCCUCUGCCUAAGCUGGAUCUGAUCGCCGUUCAUGAGAUGUCCGAUGAUGCGAUGGAGAACUGGGGCCUAGUCACGUUUCGACCGACGGCCCUCUUAUACAACGAAACGACAUCCGAUCCAAGCUACGUCAGCUACAUCACCUACAUCAUCGCCCACGAACUCGCCCACCAAUGGUUCGGCAACAUCACGACAAUGGAGUGGUGGGACGAACUCUGGCUCAACGAAGGCUUCGCUACUUGGGCUGGCUGGUCUGCCUGUGAUCAUCUGCAUCCCGACUGGAAAGUCUGGGCUACGUUCGCCGCAGACGACAUGCGGACCGCUUUCGAUCUCGAUGGGCUCCGCUCAAGCCAUCCUAUCCGGGUCCCUAUUCCGGACGGUCGCGAGGUUGAUUCGAUAUUCGACUCCAUCUCUUACCUGAAGAGUGCGUCGGUCAUACGCAUGCUUGCCGCGAGGCUCGGUCUGCCAGCGUUUCUGAAAGGCGUAUCAGAGUACUUGAAAACCAACGCAUAUGGCAAUGCUACUGCCGUGGCGUUGUGGGAAGCACUUGAGAAGGCGUCUGGUCAGAAAGUGGUAUCCGUCAUGACUUCAUGGAUUGAAGACGUGGGAUUUCCAGUUGUCACGGUCUCGAGAACGACCGACAACCAGAUCCACGUGAGACAAGAGCGCUUCCUCCUCGCGGGCGAGCCGAAGCCAGACGAGUCGACUACCUUAUGGAACGUGCCAAUGCAAGUACCGACUCGAGAGGGGAUACGACAAGUCGACCUGACGGAUCGGGAUACUGUCAUCGAGGAUGUUAAUUCAGACUCUUCUUAUCGACUGAACGCGGGCCAGAUAGGUUUCUACCUGACUCAAGUGCCCGCGGAAGAGUUUGAACGACUCUGCGACAAUAUCUCGACAUCAUCAAUAGAGGACCAGAUAGGACUUCUCACCGAUGUUGCAACUCUAGCCAUGAGUGGCCGUGGAUCAAAUACAACAGCAGAGGUAUUAUCCGUGAUUUCUAGCUCGAUGACGGCAAAGCCUUCAUAUCCGGUCCUGGACAUCACAUGGUUCUGUCUCGAUCGAGUUCAGUCCAUCUUCUCGGAUGACGAGGACAUUUCUGACGCUCUUGAUGACUUCACACAAGACAUCUUUGGUCAGGCAGCGUUAGACUUGGGGUGGACAGUACAAGCGACUGAUGAUCACGUCACGAUUAAGUUACGAGCUCUGGUCUUGUCAGCAGCGGGUCUGGCAGGACACGAAGAGACUGUCGAAGAAGCUCUCAAACUUUGGGACGAGUUUCGAAAGACAAAAGACACCAGCGUGAUCCAUCCCUCACUCCGUGGCAGCGUCUUCAGCAUCGCCAUGCUCUACCGGGAACUGGAAGCCUUCGACAGUCUCCGAGAGGCGUACACCAACAGCAAUGCUCCAGACACCCGCGAAAUCAUCGUCGAAGCCAUGAGCGUCGUCCAGACACCCGAGCUCACCCACAAAUGUCUGACCUGGGCCUUGCAGGGUGGAAUGACAAGUUCCGACACCAGCGACCUCAUGACAGAACUCGCGAAGAAUCCCGCCGCCCGCGAGACCGUCUGGGUCUUCAUGCGCGAGCACUGGACCUCGAUCCUCGAACGACUGGGUGGCUCCUCGGCGGUCAUGGAGCCUUUGAUUCGGAGUACGCUGCAGACGUUUACAACCCGGGAGCGUCGUGAGGAGGUUGAGGCUUUCUUCACGGGGAAGGAUACGACGGGGUAUACUCGUGGACUGGCGAUUGCGCUGGAGCGGAUUGGGAUUAAUGCUGCGUAUCGGGAGAGGGAUGGGGAGGUUGUGAGGGACUGGUUGGAGGAGAAUGAUUAUCUCGAUGAUGAGUGA